AUGAAGCACCUAGCCAUUGUCCUGCUACUGUGUCUACCACUCUGCUCAGCUUACCCUGUGCAUGGGGCAGUGAAGGAAGAGGACCAGACCAUGGACCUUGCCCAGCAAUACCUACAAAACUACUACAAUUUUAUAGAAGAUGUAAAACAAGUUUUUAGAAGAAAGGACAGUAGCCCUGUUGCUAAAAAAAUCCAAGAAAUGCAGAAGUUCUUUGGGUUGGAGGUGACGGGGAAGCUGGACUCCAACACUUUGGAGGUGAUGCAGAAGCCCAGGUGUGGUGUUCCUGACGUUGGUCACUUCAGUACCUUUCCUGGUACACCAAAGUGGACGAAAACUCACCUGACUUACAGGAUUGUGAAUUACACACUGGAUUUGCCAAGAGAUGUGGUUGAUUCUGUCAUGGAGAAAGCGCUGAGAGUCUGGGCGGAGGUGACACCACUCACAUUCUCCAGGCUGCAUGAAGGAGAGGCUGACAUCAUGAUCUCCUUUGCAGUUAGAGCUCAUGGAGACUUUUACCCUUUUGAUGGACCAGGAAACAGUUUGGCUCAUGCCUAUCCACCUGGGCCUGGAUUUUAUGGAGAUGUUCACUUUGAUGAUGAUGAAAAAUGGACAGAGGAUGCAUCAGGGACCAAUUUGUUCCUGGUUGCUGCUCAUGAACUUGGCCACUCCCUGGGUCUCUUUCACUCCAACACUGAAGCUUUGAUGUACCCAGUCUAUAAAUCCUUCAGGGACCUGGCCAGAUUCCGCCUUUCUCAAGAUGAUGUGGAUGGCAUUCAGUCUCUCUACGGACCUCCUCCUUCCUCUGUUGAUGACUCUAUGGUGCCCAACACAUCUCUCUCUCCAGGACCAGGGACACCAGCCAAAUGUGAUCCUGCUUUGUCUUUCGAUGCAGUCAGCACACUGAGGGGAGAACUCUUGUUCUUUAAAGGCAGACACUUUUGGCGCAGAUCCCAGUGGACUCCCCAGCCUGAAUAUAAUUUGAUUUCUGCCUUUUGGCCUUCUCUUCCACCAGACUUGGAUGCUGCAUAUGAAGAUAGUAGCAAGGAUACUGUUUUUAUUUUUAAAGGAAAUAAAUUCUGGGCAGUCAGAGGAAAUGAAAUACAAGCAGGUUAUCCAAAAGACAUCCGCACUCUGGGAUUUCCUCCAACCAUAAAGAAAAUUGAUGCAGCUGCUUCUGACAAGGAAAAGAAAAAAACAUACUUCUUUGUAAAUAGCAAGUACUGGAGGUUUGAUGAAAAGAGUCAAUCCAUGGAGAAAGGCUUCCCCAGACUGAUAGCUAAUGACUUUCCAGGAGUUCAACCAAAGGUUGAUGCUGUGUUACAGGCAUUUGGGUUUUUCUAUUUCUUCUGUGGAUCUUCACAGUUUGAGUUUGAUCUGAAUGCCAGGAUGGUGACAAAUAUAUUGAAGAGUAACAGCUGGUUACUGUGUUAA